CCACCCAGAAAUCGGGGCACACACGAAUAUCGAAAAUAAUCGGCUCGCAAAGUCUCACCUCUCGGUUCUAUCCCCAUCAACAUCGAGACGACAAACCACAGGCUCGCUAAAAUGCCUACCAGAUUCAGCAAGACGAGGAAGCACCGCGGUCACGUCAGUGCCGGUAAGGGACGUGUCGGCAAGCACCGCAAGCAUCCCGGUGGUCGUGGUCUUGCUGGUGGUCAGCACCACCACCGUACCAACCUCGACAAGUACCACCCUGGUUACUUCGGUAAGGUCGGUAUGCGCCACUUCCACCACCUUCACAACCACGACUGGAAGCCGAUCAUCAACGUCGACAAGCUGUGGUCUUUGGUUCCUGCCGACAAGCAGGCCGAGUACCUCAAGGCCGGCGCCAACUCCGACAAGGUCCCCCAGAUCGAUCUCCUCUCGUUCGGUUACUCUAAGCUUCUGGGCAAAGGCCGCCUGCCCGACGUCCCGAUGGUUGUGCGUGCUCGGUGGGUGAGCAAGGAGGCUGAGAAGAAGAUCAAGGAGGCCGGUGGCGCCAUCGAGCUGGUCGCGUAAAAGGGCUGUUCUGUUUCUUUGAUGGGAUCACGAUCAUUGGGCGGGGUGUUAGUUAAAGCAGGAACAAAUCGGCAUCUUUUGGGUUUUGACUUUUUUUCCCACUCGGCUCACGGGGGAUUCUCUUUCACAAAUGGCAUCGCACAAAAGAAAAAGGGAAAUCAAUUGAGAACGGCGUUUGUGUUGUUUUUAUUACGAGACUAUACCAACACUCUUGACGACGCUGGAGAUCUGGGUGGAAAAGAUUCGGUACCUGCGUGAAUCGCUUCGUCAUGUCACGUUUAGAAAGGCGACCCGUUUUGGGUCGCCCUCGACGAUAUUGGCUCAUACUUGCGCCUUUGUCUUUGCGGUAAACGCCGUGUCGGGUCUCGUGCGCAAUCCAAAGAAGUUGAGCUGCAUA